UCUUCUACGUCAUGGUAAUUCUCUCCAAUUCCCCCCCUUUAACCUUUCCUUGACAAAGUCUCUUAAUUUGUAUAUUUUUCCAUUUUUUCCGUUGAGAUGGCAGAGAAACCAUCCAACUUGAAUGGAGCAUACUACGGCCCCUCAGUUCCACCACCCAAGCGAUACUAUCGCCACAAAGGUAGCGACGACGAAGGGUGCGGCUGCCUUUUGAGUUUCCUUUUUAACCUCAUUCUAGUUUCAGCCCUUGCCGUCCUCGUCUUCUGGCUCAUAUUUCACCCCAACAAGGUCAAGUUUCAUGUCACCGAUGCCUCUCUUACUCAGUUCAACUUAAACACCAACAACAGUACUACGCUACUCUACUAUAAUCUUUCCGUCAACAUUACCAUCAGAAACCCCAACGAAAAGAUUGGCAUAUACUACGAUAGCAUUGAAGCUAAGGCUUACUUCGAGGACCAGAGGUUUGGUUCGGCGACGCUUACCCCUUUUUACCAAGGCCAUAAGAAUACAACUGUUUUGAGUCCGGUGUUCAAAGGGCAGCAAGUGGUUGUGUUGGGAGCCGAUGAGCUUUCAAAGCUGAAUUCGGAGAAGAGUGCUGCAGGGGUUUUUGACAUUGAAGUUAAGCUCUAUCUUGGAAUUAGGUUUAAGGUGGGUACGGUCAACACUUGGCGGGUUAAGCCGAAGAUCAGGUGCGAGUUAAAAGUUCCUUUGAGUUCGAAUGGAACAUCACCAGUUGGCUUUGACACAACCGAGUGCCACAUCGAUUUUGACUUUUGAGUCUUGUUCAUGUUUGAGAUUGACAGUCGUAAUUUGUUUUUGUUUUUAUUUUGCUAUUACGAUAUUGUAUUUCUUAAUUUUAAGCAGACAUACCCGAUGGACGAUGGUUUGUUUCUAAUUUCCUGGAAAGCGAGGUGAUCAUACGCUCUCA